CAGCAUCCAACCAAGAUGAAGACAAACAGGUAUAUAUCGUGUAUAUGGGUGCGAUUCCAUCGAAUGCGGAGUACAUGACUACGUCCCAACACAUUAAUAUCCUUCAAGAGGUCACCGGAGAGAGUUCGAUCGAGAAUCGCUUGGUGAGAAGUUACAGGAGGAGUUUCAAUGGGUUUGCAGCUACACUCUCUGAUUCUGAAAGAGAAAGAGUGGCCAAUAUGGAAGGAGUGGUGUCUGUGUUUCCAAACAGGAAACUGCAGCUCCAAACGACGGCAUCAUGGGACUUCAUGGGGUUCAAGGAGAACAAAACGAAGCGUGUUCCGAAUCUCGAGAGUGAUAUAAUCGUCGGUGUCAUCGACAGCGGAAUCUGGCCUGAAUCUGCCAGUUUCGACGACAAUGGCUUCGGUCCUCCUCCAAAGAAAUGGAAAGGCGAGUGUGACGGAGGCAAAAACUUCACCUGCAACAACAAGAUCAUCGGGGCUCGGUACUACAACAGUAGUGACGUAUUUGCAGGAACUCCGGAGUCAGCGAGGGACCGCAUUGGUCACGGCUCUCAUACAGCAUCGACGGCCGCCGGAAACAGUGUUGAAGACGUGAGUUUCUAUGGCCUCGGCCUUGGAACCGCGAGAGGGGCCGUUCCUGCAGCAAGAAUCGCGGCUUACAAAGUCUGCGAUCCGAGCUGCUCCUCUGACCAGUUGCUUUCCGCGUUUGACGAUGCAAUCGCGGACGGAGUCGAUGUCAUCACCAUCUCCAUAGGAGGCCCGCCGACAACGUUCGAGCAAGACCCUAUAGCGAUCGGAGCAUUCCACGCAAUGGCUAAAGGGAUUCUGACUGUGAAUUCGGCAGGAAACAGCGGUCCUUCACCGGGCACAGUCUCGAGUGCCGCGCCUUGGAUUCUCUCUGUGGCCGCAAGUAACACUAAUCGUGCCUUUCUCACCAAAGUUGUUCUUGGAGAUGGCAAGACAAUCGUUGGAAGAUCGGUGAAUCCGUUUGAUCUAAACGGAGUAAAGUAUGAUCUGCUGUACGGAAAAUCUGCUUCAAGUACAUGCGACGAAGAGUUUGCCCAGCAUUGCUUGCCCGGAUGUUUGGACGAGAAACUGGUGAAGGGAAAGAUCGUGCUGUGUAAUUCUUCAAGCGACAUCCUCGUGGCUGAAAGGGCCGGAGCUGUCGGAACCAUUGUGAAGGGUACCGCGAAAUUAGAUUUCUCCACCGUAUACUCUUUUCCUGCCGCUGCUUUGUCCGAAGACCAAUAUGAAACAGCCGUUUCUUACGUGAUCUCCACAAAAGAUCCGAAAGUAUCUAUCCUGAAAAGUGACGUGAGUAUGAAGGAGACAGCUCCAGUCGUGGUUUCAUUUUCUUCUCGUGGUCCAAACACUCUCAUUCCGGAUAUCUUGAAGCCGGACGUGACAGCACCGGGAGUUGAAAUCUUGGCUGCUUACUCUCUCGACGUUUCUCCGUCAGGGGCUGAACGCGACACCAGACGUGCAAAGUAUUCUGUUGUUUCUGGAACAUCCAUGUCUUGUCCGCAUGUCGCAGGUGCAGCCGCGUAUCUGAAAACGUUUCACCCUGACUGGUCUCCGUCCAUGAUCAAAUCCGCCAUCAUGACAACCGCUUGGCCAAUGAACGCUACUGAGGGCGCCGCGGGAUCCGAGUUCGCCUAUGGAUCUGGCCAUUUGAAUCCAAUAGCAGCUACUGACCCGGGACUCGUUUACGAAGCCACGAAAGCCGAUCACAUAGCGCUUCUAUGCGCAUUGAACUUAACAACCACGUCGCUCAGACUCAUCUCUGGAGACAACAGCACUUGCACCAAAGAACAGGCCGACACAUUGCCCCGAAACCUCAACUACCCCUCCAUGGCAGCUGCAAUUUCAUCGCAGGGGGCGUUCAACGUGACAUUUGUAAGAACUGUCACAAACGUCGGUAUGGCGAACUCAACGUACAAAGCGGAGGUUGUCAAAGGAGCGGGCUCUUCCAAGAUCGAUGUCAAGGUUGAACCAGAUGUUCUGUCUAUGAAGUCAGUGUACGAGAAGAAGUCUUUUACAGUGACAGUUUCAGGAGAAGCCCCCUUGGCAUCGGAACCAGCGUCCGCAACUCUGGUCUGGUCGGAUGGCUCCCAUACAGUGAGAAGUCCCAUUGUUAUUUUCGCCGCCCCUCUCUUCUGAUGGUCUCCAUACCGUUAGAUGAAGCAUUGCUAGAAUUGGAUCUUCUCUCUAUUUAUGGUGUUUGGAACGGGAAGAAAGCUUGGACCCACAAAAUCUUUUGUAAUGUUUUAAUCUUUGAUUCUUGCAUGGUGACGUAACAAUAUUAUAUAUCAUCAACCCA